AUGGAUGAUUCUCCGAUCCCCAACGCAAACCCUAAUUCCGUCACCUCCUUCAACCAUAGCCACGCCGAUUCGAUCAUCUCGUCGCUCCUCUCGUUUCCGGAUUCCUCUCCGAUCUCCAUUGGCUCCUCCUUCGAUCGAUUGCUCGAUAAAGCUCUCGCCUCCGCUUCCGGUGAUGUCUCCGAUCAGGAUCGUCUCGUCGAUCGCACUCUCGAGCUCGCCUCGCUUCUUCUCGAUUCCACUAAACGGUGUUUCCGCAAACGAGCUUCUGUUCACAAUUCUAACUCAUGGUUCCUCCCUCCCGAACUCACUAUUAAGGUGUUUUCGAUGCUUGAUACGAAAUCUCUGAUGCAAGCUUCGGCUUCUUGUACCAUGUUCAACAAAUGUGCCAUGGACCGUUUAUGUUACUCCCACAUCGACUUGACAACGGCUGCUAAACAUGCUGAUAAUGGAGUUGUGUGUACUAUGAUACAUCGAGCUGGAAAGGAACUCAGAUCACUCAAUCUUGGUCGUGUUGUUCGCCCAGCUGGAUCUGAUUCUCUUGCAUCUUUGCUUACCGGAUCUUGUCUUUCCCCGUUAUCAUAUAACCACGGUUUUAUUGGGAGUCGCUUGAGAAGCCUACGGCUUUACAAUAUCAGACCGAUGAUUUGGAAGUCCUUAUGCGAUGCAUUGUCAGUUUGUUCAAAUAUCACUGAUCUGAGGAUUGUUGGAUUGUAUAUCCUAUCUGAGCAGCUAUUUAAGACACUGGCAACAAAAUGCCGCUUCAUAGAGCACCUGUUCUUAGAGACCUAUGGUUGUCAAAGUACAUUGGACACUAAAACAGGAUCAGCCUUGGUAGAGUUUGUGACCAACUGCCCCAAUUUAAGUUCUCUGACGCUCAUACGUUUUCGACUAAACGGUCAGAUGUCCCGAAACCUUGCUGAGAGUUCUCGUAAACUCAAGUACUUGAAUCUGUCCAGAUCGCCUACAAUCAAGGGUCGCUUUUUAAGGGAUUUGGGAAUCAACUGCAAAGAUGGUCCACUCAAGACUCUAAUAUUGCGCAACUGCCCUUUGCUAGAGGAGAAAGAAGUCUUGGAAUUCUGUAACUCACUACUCACAGGAGACUUCAAAUCCAUUCAACACAUUGAUGUUUCAAAUGACCGCGGCUUAGCUUCCGCUGGGGGCAAAAGAUCUUCCAAACCAAAUCUUCCUUUGGAGAAGCUGAAAGAAGAAAGACCUGGUGUCAAAUUUGUGGCAGAUUUUUCAGUAACAAGCUCAGAAAAGCGUUCAAAUGUCUGCGAUGAAGAAGAGUUGAGGCUGAUAGAGAUGAUGGAAACUAAGGACGAUGGAGAGGACGACAACUCUUCGGAGGACGACGACAACUCAGAGGACGACGAUGGAGUUGAAGAUGAUUAUUCCGACGAGGAUAUUUACGGCGAUCAUAUUUUACUAUGA